AUGGCCGCCGCCGCCGCCGCUGUGAAUGGGAGCCUAGACGUGCAUGAGAGGAAGGCGCAGAGGAGCUACUGGGAGGAGCACUCUGGGGAGCUCACCCUCGAGGCCAUGAUGCUCGACUCCCGUGCCACCGAACUCGACAAGGAGGAGCGCCCCGAGGUUCUGUCUUUACUUCCUUCAUAUGAAGGGAAAUCUGUACUGGAGCUGGGAGCAGGAAUAGGUCGCUUUACUGGUGAACUGGCUAACACAUCUGGGCAUGUUUUUGCAGUGGAUUUCAUUGAAAGUGUGAUUAAAAAGAAUGAAAAUAUAAACGGUCACUACGACAACACAUCCUUUAUGUGUGCUGAUGUUACAUCCCCGAACCUGAUGAUUGAAGCAAACUCCAUUGAUAUGAUAUUUUCAAACUGGUUGCUGAUGUAUCUUUCAGAUGAGGAGAUUGACAAGUUGGUAGAAAGAAUGGUAAAAUGGUUGAAGGUCGGUGGCUAUAUCUUCUUUAGGGAAACUUGCUUCCAUCAAUCUGGAGAUUUAGAAAGGAAAUUUAACCCGACACACUAUCGAGAACCAAGGUUUUAUACCAAAGUAUUUAAAGAAUGCCAAACCUUUAAUCAGGAUGGCACUUCCUUCAAACUUUCUCUGGUUACUUUCAAAUGCAUUGGGGCUUAUGUAAACAUCAAGAAAGAUCAAAACCAGAUAUGUUGGCUAUGGCAAAAAGUAAAUUCAUCAGAAGAUGGGGGAUUUCAAAGUUUUUUGGACAAUGUGCAGUACAAAGCCACUGGAAUAUUGCGCUACGAACGUAUCUUUGGAGAUGGUUAUGUGAGCACUGGUGGAGUUGAGACUACAAAAGAAUUUGUGGAUAAACUGGAUCUUAAGCCUGGGCAGAAGGUGCUUGAUGUUGGAUGUGGAAUUGGGGGAGGUGAUUUUUAUAUGGCUGAGAAGUAUGGUACCCAUGCUGUUGGUAUUGACCUUUCCAUUAACAUGAUAUUGUUUGCCCUUGAGCGUUCCAUUGGGCGUAAGUGCUCAGUUGAGUUUGAAGUCGCUGAUUGCACCACGAAGACAUACCCAGACUGCAUGUUUGAUGUCAUCUACAGCCGUGACACUAUCCUUCAUAUACAAGAUAAACCAUCUUUGUUCAAAAGUUUCUUCAGAUGGCUAAAACCUGGGGGAAAGGUCCUAAUCAGUGACUACUGCAAGAGUCCUGGGAAACCAUCAGAACAGUUUGCAGCAUACAUUAAGCAGAGGGGUUAUGAUCUCCAUGAUGUGGAGGCUUAUGGACAGAUGCUCAAGAAUGCUGGUUUCAGUCAUGUCAUUGCUGAAGACCGAACUGACCAGUUCCUCAGUGUUUUACAGAAGGAGCUAGAUAAAUUUGAGAAGAACAAAGAUGAUUUCCUGUCUGAGUUUGCCCAGGAGGAUUACGAUGAUAUCGUGAAUGGAUGGAAGGCAAAACUGCAGAGGAGCUCUGCUGGUGAGCAGAGGUGGGGGCUGUUCGUCGCCACCAAGUGA